AUGCCUGGUUGGGAUGUCGACUCUGCCUAUUACGGCAAGUGGGAACUUGAUCUUGACUUGGAUUCUGCUGGGCAAUCAACUUCCGCAUCUGUAGAGUAUAAAGUGGUACCUGAAAGGCACCGUGGGGAGGAAAAGGAUUCAAGUUCUCAGUUGAAUGAUUCUCAUGCUGCAUUUUGGGACAAACUGAAGUCUUCUGCUGAGAAAAAGUUAGGUCCAAAUGAUGCAGAAAAGUUUUGCAAGGCAUUUCAGCAAGUUUAUAGGAGACUGGUACAUGAAGAACUGAGUCUAGAAGCUGCUCAGGCCUUUGUAAACUAUUUGGGAAAAUGA